AUGCCAGCCGUCCGUACGAAAAGUGGCCAUGGCGUGGAGUACACAGACGAAGCCAUCACCGCAACGUAUAGUUACAACACAACACGUGUGGAGAAGGAAGCAAAUGGUGAUGUGACUGUACAACCAAUCCAACUCCACCUGAAGUUCCGCACCCAACGCAAAGUACAACGCACAGGUGUUAUGUUAAUUGGAUGGGGUGGAAACAAUGGCACCACCGUGACGGCCGCUCUUAUGGCUCAUAAACACGGAGUCUCGUGGCGCACCAAAACUGGAACGAAACAACCGGAUUAUCUCGGCUCCAUCACGCAGUCAAGCACGAUGAGCGUAGGUCUUACAAGUGAAAUGGAGGAGGUCUUCGUGCCCAUGAAGGCUCUGGUACCAAUGAUAAAUCCAGCCGAACUCGUAAUUGGCGGUUGGGACUGCAGUGGUAUGAAUAUUGCUGAUGCCAUGCGUCGGGCACAAGUUCUAGAUGUCACGCUACAAGAUGCCUUGUACAACUAUUUGAAGGAUAUGCAUCCGCUUCCCGCUGCAUUCGACCUCGACUUUGUCGCGGAGAAUCAACUCAGUCGUGCGGAUAACAUCAUGCAGACAAAGAAUAAGUGGGAGUCGGUGGAGCAGCUGCGGGCGGAUAUCCGCAACUUCAGGGAAAAGAAUUCUCUUGAAGAAGUUAUCGUACUUUGGACAGCGAACACCGAACGCUUCUCAGAGCAUAUCACCGGGGUUCAUGACACUGCUGAUCAUUUGAUCGAUGCCAUACGGCGGAAUGAGAAUGAAAUUGCCCCUUCCGUACUGUAUGCAACAGCAGCUAUUAUGGAAGGCUGCAGUUAUAUCAACGGAGCUCCACAAAAUACCUUAUGUACUGGCCUUAUAGAGCUUGCCCGUAGGCAUGGUGUGUUUGUUGUUGGGGAUGACUUUAAAAGUGGUCAAACAAAGGUGAAAAGUGGCCUGGUGGAGUUCUUCAUGGAUGCCGGUAUUAAACCCGAGUGCAUAGCCAGCUACAACCAUCUUGGCAAUAAUGACGGAUAUAACUUGGCAGCCCCAAAGCAGUUUCGUUCGAAGGAGGUUACGAAAGGCGGUGUGCUGGACGAUAUGGUAUCGUCAAACAGUAUUCUUUACCCACCAGGAAGCCGAGGCCCUGAUCACUGCAUUGUUAUUAAGUACCUCCCGUAUGUGGGUGACAGCAAACGUGCAUUGGAUGAGUACAACUUCUCAAUAUUUAUGGGAGGUGAACAAACAGUGGUGCUCCAUAACACAUGCCAGGACUCGUUGCUGGCUGCACCACUUAUCAUUGAUUUGGUUGUGCUAACUGAGUUGAUGCACCGUGUCACCGUGACGCAAUGCGAUGGGGAAGGUUGUUGUGACAAGAAGGAAAAAAUGACAUCAUAUACGCAUAUGGAAACGGUGCUUUCACUUUUAUCUUACUUGCUGAAGGCUCCACGUGUGCCGGAGGGAACACCUGUGGUGAAUGGACUAAAUCGACAGGGGCAAGCCAUUAAGAAUGUAUUGCGUGCACUCGUUGGACUUCCACCGGAUAACAAUAUGCAACUGGAAUGCCGACUGCCUUUCCUUCGCGGCGUGGGAAGUUGA